AUUACCCCAUCACUCCUCAGAUUGCAAAGUCCAAUUUAAUUCUCACAUCUUACCAGAAGAAAAAAAACUGAAAAAAUCCUUGUUUGAGGAAGAGUUAUACAUUAGAGAAAUUCGUAGCAAUUAAAAUGAUGAUGGAAAAAGAAGAUCUGGGGUUGAGCCUCAGCCUAAAUUUUCCUGCAGAAAAGAGAACAACAACCACAAAUCUCAUUUCUCUACCUCCUUCUUCUUCUUUCAAUAAUAAUUAUUGGACUACUCAUCCUCCGUUUCCUCAUUCCUCGUCAGAUCGGAACAUGGAGACGAGGAGUUUCCUGAAGGGAAUCGACGUGAACAGGAUGCCGGCGAUGGCGGCGGAGGAGGAGGAAGGCGGCGUAUCGUCUCCGAACAGCACUAUUUCAAGUUUGAGUGGAAAUAAGCGAAGUGAAAGAGAAGGGAACUGUACUGAGGAGAAUGAAAUGGAAAGAGCUAGCUCUCGAGGUAUUAGCGAUGAGGAAGACGGAGAAACUUGUAGGAAAAAACUCCGAUUAACAAAGGAACAGUCCGCCGUACUUGAAGAUAGCUUCAAAGACCAUCAUACCCUCAAUCCUAAACAAAAAUUGGCUUUGGCAAAAAGACUGGGAUUAAGGCCUAGGCAAGUGGAAGUGUGGUUCCAGAAUAGGAGAGCUAGGACAAAAUUGAAGCAAACAGAGGUAGACUGCGAAUUCUUAAAGAGAUGUGUAGAGAAUUUGACAGAUGAAAACAGGAGAUUACAAAAGGAAGUUCAAGAGCUAAGGUCAUUGAAGCAUUCACCUCAAUUCUACAUGCAAAUGACCCCUCCCACCACCCUCACCAUGUGCCCUUCAUGUGAGCGUGUCGCGACGGGCCCCACAAAUACACCUGUCAGCAUCCCGCCUCAUCGCGUUGGUCCACCUCAUCAGCAUCACCAACCUAUGCCCUUGAACAUGUGGGACUCAUCCUCCACACCCAUCUCACAAGGGCAUUAUGGUCAAGUGGACACUUAUCCUUCACUUGCAAGACAAAAGUAGUGACAAUGACAAACUGUGAAUAUUAAGUACCAUAAUGUGUGUAGGGAGGAAUAUAAUGUUUUUGUUAUAAGAUAAAAGGUUGUUGGUGUUUAUGGGGGGGUCUAGAAAAUCUCUUGCUUUUAUUUGUUGUCCCUCCAAUUUUUAGUUUUAGUGACUCAUUAGGGUUAUAAGUCCGUUUUACUUAAUUUAGUAGUUAGUUCCUUUUUUCUUCCCCAUCAUUAUUUGUGGGGAGUGGAGAAGAGUGUUUUUUUGAUGUAAACUAAACUCCAAAUCACUUUAUCAUCAUAAUCAAUUAGUAGUUGAAUGUCUGCCUCUUAACAGUAA